AUGUGUGAUUAUUUGGAUGCGAUAGCAGGGUCCAGCAUCACGGCGCAUGAGAACGUAGAUCGUGAGGCCCGGGGCGUGUCCAUCUCCUUCAAAGAUGUGCAGGACUAUUUGCCUACUUUUUCCGGAACGGAAGACGUGAGCGCGUGGGUUGUUGAGUUUGAAACGAGUAGCAAACUGUUCAAAUGGCGCGACCUGCACAAGCUGGUCUACGCCAAGCGCGUCCUGGUAGGCGCAGCCAAGGCUUUUGUGAAAAGCAUCCCAGAAGUUUGUUCGUGGGAUGAACUGAAGUGUGCGCUCGUAGACGAAUUUGAAGAAAAGGUGUCCAGCGCAAGUGUUCACGAAUCGUUGCGUAAACGAAAGAAAAAUGCGGAAGAAACAUACGCCGAGUAUAUUUACGCUAUGUGUGAAUUAGGCAAAAAGGGACAUGUUGACGAAGAAUCCCUAUGUGAGUAUGUAGUGCAGGGAAUUGACGAUAAACCUUCAAACAAAGCGUGUUUGAUCGGUACGAAAACUGUAAAAGAGCUGAAAAGUCAAAUAAAAACGUAUGAAAAAUUGACCGCGCUGAUCCGAGAACAGCAAUCGAAACGACCGGGUACUGCUAAGAACCCAGAAGGAAACAAACAACAGACGCCAACUGUUAGUGUGAAAUGCCGUAAAUGCGGGAAAACGGGACAUUUCGCAAAAGAUUGUCCGAACAAAGCAGAUGGACCUGUGUGUUUUGGGUGCGGCAAGCCAGGCCACCGUGCUAGGGAGUGCAGUGAAAAAUUCAGUGCUUCGGGGAACGCGAACCUAAUCAGUGGUGAUAAAGGAGGAACGGUCACCAUGAAGAUCGUAGAAAAAGAGUUGAUCACUCUUUUUGACACCGGAAGCCAGUAUAACCUCUUGUCAGAAGGUGCUCAAAAGGCUAUCGGUUGUUUGAGCGUCACACCCACCGAAAUGUGGUUUAACGGAUUCGGAGGGAAGCGAACCGCAGCUUUGGGCACAGUGAAAUCGAAAGUGACAAUCAAUAACGACGAUUAUCCGGAAAUUGAAUUUUACAUUGUUCCCACUUGCAGCAUGAGCUAUAAUGCAGUGCUUGGGAGAGAGGCGUUGAAAGUGAUGGACGCUACCGUAACACAACACGGGAUAGAAAUACGCCCCAAAAAGAAUAAGGAAGAGGAGCGUGAUAGUGACGUGUUUGUGUGUGAAACGGACCAAAUAACGGUUCCACCUAAAUUUCGUGAAGAAAUCGCUAGUGUGGUGAACCAAUACGAGGAAACGCGGUGUGAAGACAAUUGUCCAGAGAGUCCGGUGAAAUUAACAAUAGUGCCCAACGAGCGUAUGAUUCCUUUUCGACACUCACCAAGCCGAUUGGCAUACCCAGAAGAAAAAGCGGUGGACGAACAGGUGGAAGAAUGGAGAGUGAAAGGAAUUGUACGAAAUUCAUCCUCGGACUUUGCUAGUCGUGUGGUCGUAGUGAAGAAAAAGGAUGGUAGCAAUUGUGUGUGUGUAGAUUUUGGGAAACUGAACAGUAUGAUUCUAAAGGAUGGAUUCCCGAUUCCAAUAAUCGACGAUGUUUUGCAAAAACUUCAAGUGUUUAUGCGUUUUGUGAACUUUGUUUUUCGGAAGUUUGUGAAUAACUACGCACAGAUUGCGCGUCCACUCACUAAUCUGUUGCGUAACGGCGUAGAGUUUAAAAUGGAGAAACAAGAGUUGGAUGCGUUCGAGCAACUAAAGCAGGUACUGGCAAGUGAACCGGUGUUGCGGCUGUACCAGAGAGAAGCGAAAACAGAGCUUCACACUGACGCAUCGAAAGAAGGAUAUGGUGCUGUUUUGCUUCAACGCUACGAUGCGCUGAAAUACUAA